UGUCAGGGACACAUGAACGGUGAUAAUAUCCACGGAACAGGCUGCGGGCAAGAGGAACAAAGAAAGCCGCCCGUUGCCUCCAAAGCGUUCUUUCAUUUCGUCAAUACAGAUAAACGUCGACUUCGUAUAAGUAUUUUUAGAUUUUGUCUUAACAAUCCCCCAUUACCCUCCCUAAGUGUCACUCUUAAGUCCGAGUGGUGGCUUUUGUUGAGGAAAGAGCAAAGUUGGCGUCGUGAGAGGUUUUCUUGAGGUCGCUUUAUUCGAAACCAAGAAGCACUGGAUACGAAGACUGGAAGGUAACGUACGGAAAUUACCAGCGCUUUGAUGUUGUGACCUGUGCCCUGUCGACUUGUCAGAUAUGCACAUUUCUGAAGACGCCUGCACUCAGAUGGAUUAAGAGGAGUGUGGUUCCCCCUGGUUGAAGAGUGUGUCCAACAGCAUCUUUCCACCCAGGACUUACUGUGUUGCUGCUGCGCCCAUGAGGUAACGUCAGGACCUGCCGUCCCCUCAUUACUACCCUCGGUCCAUCCAUCUCCCUCCCCUCUGUCCCUUCCUCCCUUGGACCUACCCAGCCAUGGGCCAGAAGAUCUCCGGUAGUAUCAAGUCAGUGGAUGUACGCGGAGAGCCUUCAUAUCAGCCAGUGCGCCGCGAGCUGCGGGGCCCAGAUUUCUGUCGGCCCCCCAGGCUGGACUUACUGCUGGACAUGCCACCGGCCAGUCCUGAGACUCAACUUCGUCAUGCCUGGAACCCUGAUGACCGCUCCCUCAAUGUCUUUGUUAAGGAGGACGACAAGCUGACGUUCCACCGACACCCUGUAGCACAGAGCACAGACUGUAUCCGAGGCAAGGUGGGCUACACCAGGGGCCUCCAUGUUUGGAGGAUUCACUGGCCGGCCAGACAGAGAGGCACCCAUGCUGUUGUAGGCGUGGCCACUGCUGAAGCACCUUUACACUCAGUGGGCUACAUGGCUCUGGUGGGCUCAGACUCUGAGUCCUGGGGCUGGGACCUGGGUCGGAACAGACUUUACCAUGAUGGAAAGAACCGACCCGUUUCCACGUCGGCACCCACGUACCCCUGUUUCCUGGAGCCAGAUGAGUCUUUUGUGCUUCCAGACUCUCUGACAGUAAUACUGGAUAUGGACGAAGGAACGCUGAGCUUCAUGGUAGACGGACAGUAUCUGGGAGUAGCUUUUAGAGGGUUAAAGGGCAAGAGACUGUAUCCCAUUGUCAGUGCUGUCUGGGGACACUGUGAGGUUUCUAUUCGCUAUGUCAACGGACUAGAUCCGGAGCCCCUGCCCCUGAUGGACCUGUGCAGACGAGUAGCUCGACUGGCUCUGGGCAGAGAGCGCAUCCAUCAUAUCGACACACUCCCACUGCCACAGACUCUCAAGAACUACCUCCAGUACCAGUGACCACACACACAUUCACACAUACACACAGAUGGGAAGAAACUGAAGCCUAUUUCUUACUAUUGUAACCAGCCUUUAAACUGAACUUAAUCAUAAACCAUCAGACAUCUGCUGAGGAUGUGGACUAUGACAUUGACUAUGAACAGGUGGUGAAGACUGCGCUGCGAGGGGUUUUGUUUACACCAGUUGGGGAUUUUCCAUUUUGGAUGAUUUUUAUCUCCUGAUUUUCAGCUUUUGUUUUUCUUUUUUUUGUUGUUGUUGACUGCUGUUUUUCUCCUGGACAGAUGACUAAAAUGGAGAGUGAGAUAUUAAAAGAGAAUAUUGCAAUUCAGUUUCCUGCUAAUCCUAUAUAUAUAUAUAUAUAUAUAUAUAUAUAUAUAUAUAUAUAUAUACACACACACACACACACACACACACACACACACACACACACACACACACACACACACACACGUCCUCAACCAGAAAGGCCUUCAGUGCUGUGGAUUUGGGCAACAGUUUACCCAACACACUCUGUGGAGGCUUCCUCGGAAACAUGUUGGUAUGUAUAUUUAUAUUCCCAGCAACACAGCAGGCUCUGUGGAGACAACAAUCCCUUCAAGCCACAGGAGAGAGAGAGUGAGAGCGAGCAUGAGAGAGGGGGAGAAAGUCCACACGCAGUUCUAUUUUUGAUACUGUGUACAGUGUAGCACACAUGGAUUACAUAUAUAGUGUUUGCGUGUGUCGUGAGCGUAGAAACAAAGCCCACACUGUCUGUAGUAAGAAGACAAUUCACUGACAAGUAGGCAGUUCCCACCUAUAGGCCAAACAACACAGUUCUAGUCUGUUUUGACCAUUUUCUCUUGCCAGCUUCUCUCACUCUCUUCAUCUCCCUCUGUCUCGCUGUCACUUUCUCCAGUUUGAUUUAAGCCUCCAUCAUGUUUGGUGAACUCGAAGGACCCGCCUGCUGUUGUCAGCUCUCUAGCUCCUGUAAUGCUGAUAGAGAUUGAUUUGAAGGUGAAGCUUUGUCUUCAACUGCUAAUGUGCCUGCUCAGAGACAGCACACACACACACAAACAAAGCACAUGACACUUCUUUCCACCCCAAAGUUUUAAAAAUGCUGCUUUUUCUUUUUUCUGCCAUCUUACCCUCAUAUGGGUUUUUAUCCCGGAUACUUUUGAAAAUUAUGGUCUUAUAAUGAGAUUUUUUUAAUGUUCUUUUUUUUCAUGGGACUGGAUGUCUUGCACGUAUGGUGGAAAAAAGUGCUGCCAUGAGAAUCUUUUAAAUGUGAAUAAGAAUAAACUCAGCUAAACUCGCA